UUAUGAUGAAUAUUUAAAGGCUAAUUGUUUCCUUGAGUUUUAUAAUAUUGCGUUUUGUUUUAAUUCAUAUAAUACCGACACUUUAAAAAAAACAUGUAUUUAAAAAGAAUUUUGCCAUUAAACUUGUUUGAAGCUAUUGAUAGAGCUGGAAUAUCUAGUACUAAAGAAAUAAUGAUAUUAUCAAUUUUGGAUAUAAAAAGACUCACGAGAAUGCAUAGCAAAGACAUCCAAUUAGUAAAAAAUAUUGUAUCAGAUCAUAUCAGUGCUAAAAGUUUUACAUGUCGUGAAUUACUUGUGAAAAAUUGUAAAAUAAGUACGGGCUGUUCUAAAAUAGAUGAUAUAUUAGGUGGUGGGUUUCGUACGGGAACAAUCAAUGAAAUAUUUGGUGAAAGUGGUUCAGGAAAAACUCAACUAGUCCUUUAUACCUCAAUACAUAAUUUACCUAAAUGUUCUGUAUACAUUUGCACUGAGGAUUUGUUUCCAGCUAAAAGAUUUAAUCAAAUAAUGAGUUCUAUAAAGAGCAGAGAUCAAGACUAUGGUAAAAAUGUUUUUGUUGAACACAUUUCAGAAGCAAAAGAUUUACAAUUUUGUAUUAGAAUGCAGCUUCCUAAAUUGCUGCAACAAAAUAUUGUGUCUCUCGUUGUAAUUGAUUCUAUCGCUGCUCCAUUUAGAGUGGAGAGUACUGACUAUGUGCAGAGAGCUGGAGAACUCCGAGAACUAGCCAUUAUGCUGAUCACCUUAGCCCAGCAGUAUAAUAUAGCUAUUGUCUGCAUAAAUCAAGUUACAGCAUCGUUUGCUGACUCAGAUUCUAUUCAUCCUGCACUUGGUCUUGCUUGGUCUAAUAUGGUUUCUACGAGAUUAAAAAUUAGCAAAACCACCCAGUCAGUUAUUGAUGAUAGUGGUGUUUGUAAAAGUGAUUCUGAUGGUCAAAAUAAAUUAUUCGCUAGAGAGAUUUCUGUUGUCUUUGCCCCAGAUUUGGCAAAUUCUUCAACUCUGUUUACAAUAACAUCAAAUGGUAUUCAAAGUAUAGAUUAAAAUUAUUGUAAUAACAUAUAAAAAAUAAAGAAACAUAAAAGCGUUUUAUGAUUUUUUUCUGCCUUGUCCUAUAAUUAAUAUCUAUGUAGAUAUGGUUUUUAAAAAACAGUUUUUAGGUAUGCCUGAUUUUCUUCUAAUGUCUAUUCUAAAAUCUAUAAAUCCUAUCCUUCAAAUUCUAUCAAUAGUAAAUUACACUUAAAUUUAUUAUAAUUUGUUUUUAUACUAAACAAGCAAGCCAUUUUUUCAUUGGAGACAAAUAUGUACAUACACAUACACACAAAUACUAUUGUGUUCUAUGAACAAAUUAAUUACAGUUGUUACAGUUAAAUAUAAUAUC